AAGUAAGGCGCACGCCAUUAUCUAACAGGAGAAGUGUAUCCUAGCAACCAAGAGUAACAAGAUCCGGUCUGCACGAUGUCAACAUCGAGAGAGCAAGAGGCAGAGGAAUACCUCAACAAUCACAGAAUUAUAGAGUUAAUGAAGAAUUUAACCAGCAUGCUGCUGUUUUAUAGACCAGACCGACCAAAGGAAUUUCUAAUAUCCCAGCUUGAAAAACUGAAAACAUCCAGACUUCAUGGUGUUGAGAGUCCGUGUCUGAUUGAUGAGUCCAACUUGGAUGCUGUGUUCGGAAUCCUGGAUCCAGCAAAUCGGGGGUAUAUCUCUUGUGCCCAGUAUAGAGAAGCAAUGAUGACACUUGGUAUCAAGGAUUUCAGCGAGUACACUGAGGAUCUGGAAACUGACAGAAUAUCACGGGAAACAUUUAAAAGAGAAGCGAAGGAAGGUCUUCUCAGAGGUGCAGCAACAUCCCAGAUGUAAUUCUAUUCUCUCAAAUUCUUGUGGCUAUAAUCACUGUCAUUUAUAGGAAAGAGAUUUUUUGUUUUGCAAUAAAUGCUUAAUCCUCA